GCCCCGCCCCGCCCCGCCAGGCUGGGGCCUCCCCGGGUGUGGACGCGGCUGGCCGGCACCGCAGGACCUGAGCGGGCGACAGCAGCGUCACCAUGGACCUGUCCUUCAUGGCCGCGCAGCUGCCCAUGAUGGGGGGUGCCUUCCUGGACUCACCCCACGAGGACUUCGGUGCCGAGUACUCCCUCUUCUCCUCCGGCGCGGGGCUCGCCAACGGCCUGGGGCAACCGGAGGAGCCCCCACGCUCGCAGAACGACGCCGUGCUGCUGUGGAUCGCCAUCGUGGCCACGCUGGGCAACAUCGUGGUGCUGGGUGUGGUGUACGCCUUCACCUUCUGAGGGGCGGAUGCCCACUCGGCCGGCCGGGGUUCUGGAAGCCGGAGCUCUGCUCUCACUGCUGUGGCCUCCAGGCUGGGGGGGGCGGCGGGGUCCCUCUCCCACCACACCCCAAUUCCAGCCUCCUGGGAAUCUGGACUCUACCCCUUCUCUCCUCCCGGAGGUGGGACAGAACCUUCUAGAAGCAGAGCUGGGAGAGCUUGAAACUAACUGCCUUCCUGGCCCGUGAGCCCAGAAUCCCUGUCCCCUGCAGACGGGCUCUGAUGGCCGCCCAGCGGUGAACUGUCCCUAUGUGUCCCCCCACCCUCCGUAUGUGUCCUGGUGGUUGGGGGGCAGGAGCAGCUGGGGAACCUGGUGUCUCGCUUGGCCCCUGGGAAUAUUGGUGACAGUCACCCGCA